AUGCCGCGUGUCUGGAGGUCCCCCAAUUCAGCAACGUGGGUUCCUCUACCGUCGCCAACACAUUCGCACGAGUGGCUCGAAGCAGACAUGGGUCGACCAUUGCUUUCUCCCAGCGUUUCUCCCAGCAAAGGGCGACCUACGAACCCAAAGGUCGCAGUCAUCGGUGCAGGUCCGGCUGGUUUGGCGUCCUUGAAGGAGCUUCGUGGAGUGGGAUUCGACGUCACGGUUUACGAGCGCAGGUCUGAUGUCGGCGGCAUUUUUACCUUCGAUGCUGAUACCUCGAUCACGUCGGCAACACCUUGGACGCGCUCGCAACUAAGCAAAUAUGUCGCAUGUCUGUCCAUGUGUCAUCAAAAGAGUGGUCCGAAUACUAUCGUCAUUAUCAAGCGCGAUGAAAUAAAAUUAAAAUGGAUGGUGCAUAUCAAAGGCGAAAUCGAACCCCAAGUUUUUGACAGGGUGGUCUUCUCGAGCGGCUCAGAAACCGUUGCCAUGCAUCCCAAGAUUGACGAUGUACACAAAUUCGAGGGCCAAUUCCUACAUGGACAAGCGUACAAAAGUCCUGCUGAUUUCAAGGACAAAAAUAUCAUCGUCUUGGGCAUGGGGAACUCGGCUUGUGAUACAGCCUGCGAACUUACUGAGUAUGCCGCGAAAGUCUACCUUGCCCAUCGCCGCGGCGCAAAGAUCCUUCCUCGGGCCAACGAGGACGGCCCUCUCGACAGCUAUGUCUCUUGGAAGAUCUCUCGUAUGGCUCUGUGGACGGAGCACCACGCACCUGGAAUAUUCCAGAUCCUUGCCGAUGGGUUACUUCAGAAGAACUCGGACAGUCACUUCAACGGCGAGGAGGCCGAGCAAUAUGUAGAGUGGGGGCUCGAAGAAACCAGCGGAGACGUCACCACCAUCAUCUGCAAUGAUCACCUGAAGCGCCUGGUUCACGAGAAGCGAAUCGCUUCAGUCAAGGGGGUCAAGCGGGUUGUCGGUCCACGGACUGUGGAGCUUGAUAACGGCGACAUCAUCGAAGACGUCGAUGCCAUCAUCGCCUGCACGGGUUAUCGAGCCGACUUUUCGCUGUUGCCAGAUCUGCCAAGCACGCAGCUCGACGCUUCGCUCCCCGCGUUUCCAGACCUUUACCAGAUGAUUUUCCCGCCACGCUACGCCGACUCACUCGCAUGCACAAACUACUGCAUCAUAAAUGAAAGCGCAGCUGCGUACCGCGAGCUCCAAGCCAUGGCCAUCGCACAGGUUUGGGUUGGAAACUCGGUUCUCCCGAGCCAGGAGGCGAUGACGGUGCAAGUAAACGAGUACCAAACAUGGCUCGCUCGUCAGAUGCUGACUUUUCCGGCGACAAUGCUGGGAAAGGGGCAGAUGUACCCGUGGAUGAGAUGGCUGCACGACACUGCCGGUACAGGGUUGUAUGAGUACAUGAGCUGGAGCCUCAAGGGAACGUGGUUUUGGCUGCGAAAUCGCAGGUUGUACAACCUCGUCGCGUGGGGUGUGUACUCGCCACACAUUUAUCGUUUGUUCCCGACGGGUAAGAGGUCGGCGUGGGAGGGGGCGAGCCAAGCCAUUAUACAGGUGAACGAGGACACUGAGACGGCAUUUCCAAAGAAGAAGGGAAAGACUUAG